CGACACCGUCCCCAAUUCAAUCGUCAUCCGUGCGUCUCGAGUAACCACCCCCACGAGACCAAAGACAGCAGAUUGAUGAGCAAACACUUGAGACCAAGAUUUGGCCUGCCACGCGAUCCACUAUACCGGGUAUCCAAAUCUGCCCCAAAGGGCUGAAUUCGUCAAGUCAGCGAUCCAAGGACGGCCUGGCACAGAGCAGUCCAUUUCUCUAUCCAAUAUCUCCAAGUCUACCACAAACCAUCAUCAUUCAAGUCUCCAAGGACCAGGGAGUGGAGAACAGUUUGUGCUGUCAAACCCCAGUGAAUUGAACCGACGGGUCUGGGAUCAAGACCGGCGCUCGCUUCCUUCCAUCUUGCCGUCUCCAUACUCUAUAUCACACGUGUGUGCUGCACAACCCGAAACCUACCUAGUGUAGCUACCUUCCGCUUGAUAAAGCUACAGCCAGUGUUCUAAAAGCUAGAACGGCAGAUUCACGGCUCGGGUCGGAAAUGGCACAGGCACUCUUCACUGGCACCCUAACGGGCUCAGCCAAACGAUCCGCCGUCCAGAGCCUAUUGGACAAGUUGACUCUGGACUUAAAGGAGCAAAAUCUCAGCCCCCAGGAUCGAGACGCGGCUCUUGAGGAGCUCAAGAUCUACGGCAGGGAUCCCAGAGACGCGGACCCCAUCUUCACGAAAGAGGGGAUAGCAGCACUGUUGGCUCAUGCCUUUGACAGCGCCUCAGACACAACCUCGCGCAAUGCUCUCAGAUGUCUAGCGAAUGCCAUGGUUCUCAGCCCUGCGUCGAAGAAGUUUCUGUUUGACCUGGGCUACGAGUCCAAGGCGUGCGCCAAGCUCAAGAACGACAGCUGGGACGAUGAGUUCCUGAUAUCGAGGAUUCUGCUGCUCGCGACUUAUGUCCCUGGCAUCGACCAGGCGGCACUCAUCACCAAAUACGACCUCGCAGAUUCCAUCGUCAAAAGGCUUGCGAGGCAUGCCGAGAUUCCAUCAUCCAAGGUCAAAGAGGACCCAAUGGAGGACAUGGCUCUAGCGGAGACCCUCAAGCUUCUCUUCAACCUUGGGCACUUCUGCCCCGAACAACGUGGCGAGCUUGCUCCGGCGAUCCCUUCCGUCGUGAAAAUGAUAUAUUCUCGGCCACUACCAGCUGGGAAACCACUCGACCCUCCGUUUGGGCCAUUGGUAAACGCUUUAGUUGACAUGGACUUGCGUAACGACGAUGCGAAUUCUGCCCUCUUCCCCGGAGGCGCGCCCAGCAGACUCGUGGAGAGGAUGAUUCCGAUCCUAGGCUCGUCACUGAGGAGUUACCGCGAGAAUGAGAUGGAGGCCACCAUUGCCCCUCUGGUCGGCGUGCUAGGUCGCAUAUACGAGGUUGCGCCGGAGGCGGAGCAGCAGUUGAUGCGGGAAAAGCUGCUCCCGGCCAAGGAGGACAGGGAGCAAGUGCUUGGAAGCAGCGGGAGUCUGCCCUCGAGGCUGCUCAAUAACUCGACAAACCCGCUCGCGCCCGAGCUGGGGAAGAGCAUCUCGCACCUGCUCUUCGACCUGUCCGGCAGAGAUGCGAUGAAGUUCAUCGAGAACGUGGGCUACGGCUUCGCGUCCGGCUUCCUCUUCUCAAACAACAUCGAAGUCCCAGAUGGGGCGCUGGGGGCGGCAGGCAGCAGCUCUGGCACCGCGAGCGGUUCGGGAGGAAAGGACGUCAACCCGAUCACGGGCCAGUUCUUGGACGCCGAGAACCUCCCGGAGAUGCCGGCCAUGACGCAGGAAGAGAAGGAGCGAGAGGCCGAGAGGCUGUUUGUUCUAUUUGAGAGGCUCAAGAAAACUGGAAUCGUCGACGUCCAGAACCCGGUCGAGAAGGCAUUCCAGGAGGGUCGCUUCGAGGAGCUAGACGAUGACUACGACGAGGACGAGGACAAGAAGCAGGGUAGCGAUGGGGGCACAGGUAAGAAGCCAUAGUCGGAGCAUGAUUGGGAGUAGCCAAGGAGGCUCUGUGGCUUGAUCUGUCCGUGUUCCCCGCCAAUGAAAACCCUAGCUCGGGCAUUAUGUUUUCAAUCUGCACAAACAGAUAUUGCAGUAUGUGAACAAGGUCGCGCUUCGACAAUGUGCCUGGGAAAUGCUCCCACCCCGCGCACAAAAAAGCUGGCACCUUAUAGGUCCUGAGGAUUAGAAUUUGGUAAUUUGAGACUUUCCUAUUCCUGUUUUCUUCGUGUUUUAUUCCAUUUCUUAUCCAUGUUUUCAUCCUUAUUGGUAUUCGAAUUUCCAUUGACGGCUGUUCC